AUGGCCUCGGAGCUGGCCAUGAGCGCGGAGCUGCCCACCAGCCCCCUCGCCAUCGAGUACGUGAACGAUUUCGACCUGAUGAAGUUUGAGGUGAAGAAAGAACCGGCGGAGGCGGAGCGGCUGUGGCACCGGCUGGCCGCCGGGUGUUCCGAGCCUUUCCGCCCUCAGCCUUUCGGUGGCGAGGAGUUGCCACCGGCUGCCCAUCAUCAUCCCGGUCAUCACCAUCAUCACCAUCACCAUCUGCGCUUGGAGGACCGCUUCUCCGACGAUCAGUUGGUGAGUAUGUCGGUACGGGAGCUGAACCGGCAGCUGAGGGGCUUCAGCAAGGAGGAGGUGAUCCGCCUCAAGCAGAAGAGGAGGACCUUGAAGAACCGAGGCUACGCUCAGUCUUGCCGUUACAAGCGGGUCCAGCAACGGCACAUCUUGGAGAACGAGAAAUGCCAACUCCAGAGCCAGGUGGAGCAGCUCAAGCAGGAG